ACGGGACGCCAUACUAUGAGUAUUGUGUGCCACCAUGAACCUGCGCGAAGAGUUCUUAAUCUUUCGCAAAUGUACCUGACCUAGACUAUUAACAUCUUUCCUCAACUGAUCAUGGCACGAUAGUCAUUUGCAUUGUGUAGAAGAGAAGUAUCGUACUCUCUAUCGCAAAAGGCAUGGAAAGAAGAAGGAGCAAUCAUGUACCGAUACACUUCGGCUCCUCCUCUCUGCUCUUCAACAUACCUCUACCCUUACCCCUAUCCUCACAACCUCGCAGCAAGAUCAUACGACACAACUUACAUGCCCAGACCCUACUCACACACUGAACCAAGUCGCUACAGUUCCUACUACGAAACAUCGUACUCACGACCGAGUACAUCCCACAGGCCUGUGCAAACCAGUACCUGGAGAUACGUUAGACCCGUACAAGCACCACAGCCGGACAGAACUCCUCGAAAGAGUAGCCUCAAGAAGACGGCGAGCAGGCACGUACAUUUCGACCUACCGCCUGCUCAAGGCAGUUCGAGCAGGACGAUCAGGAUAGCCGAGGAAGAAAGGCAGAGGGAGAGAGAACACGCAAGGGCAAAGGAAAGGGAACGGGGACGAGAUCAAGAAAGAGAGAGAGAAAGCAGAUACUACAUACCGCCCCGAUCCACCACCUUACGACAACGUUCACCCUCGGAAAGAAUGCCUAGAAAGCAUCACCAGUCCUACACCUCAACCUACGAGUACGAUUCCCAACUCCACCACCAAGAACGAUACCGCCGCACCACCUCACCUAUACGCACCAGCCUACCCAUAUCGCACUCGACAUACACAUGUGUGCCACCACAACACUACCAGCAGCCCUAUUUCCACUCCAAAUCCCCACCACCGCCACCCCCCACCCACCCAACCGUGUACAUAAUAACCUACGCCACAGACCUAGUCCGCUCCGAAUCCACAAUAGCCAACCUCCUCUCCACCCAAGUCCCACGCCGCUCCCCCCCAAUCCCGCACCUCUACACCAUCGAUGCGCGCCACAUACGUCCUCCGCCUCCUGAGCUGUGCAGAGAAUACUCUGGCAUCAGUAAACGGAUACAGGAUGUUGUCAUAGAAGAUGGCGACGCGAGACGAGCGGCUCACAGGGCAGUGGAGAGGCUAUUGCGGUUUGGAGAGGAGGAGAGAAGGAGCACGAGGUAUGGGUCUGGUGGGGGGAGCGUGGAGGUGAGUAUGAGUGUGUGUUGUCAUGCAGGUACACAUCGGAGUGUUGCUAUUGCGGAGAGGAUUGCGCAGGUUGUCAAGAGUGAGGUGAGGAGAAUGGGGUGUGGAGAGGGUGUUGUGGUUAUUUGUCGGCAUGUUCAUCGUGUCAAGGGGUGCAAGGAUCCCUUUUGAGACAUCUGGUUGGAUUCCUUGCUUGAUGUUGGGAGGAUGAGGUAUUGACUAGGUUGGGGAGCAAAGGGAAAGAUGUUUAGUUUGAAAAGUAGUGUGUGAUGCACUAGAUUGCUGGAAAUCGGAAUCUCAUAUUCAUUCUUCUUAC